AUGUGGAAUCAUUUUACCGUAUGCAAGGCUCGCUUGCCGUCAACAUCGGACAUCGAGGCUGAUUGGGCAGGGACUGCAGGGAGGCCGGAGGAGCUCAAGCUGUUUCUGGGUCUCAAGAAUACGACCAAUCGCGAGACGGUGGGUUUCCUGCAGCGAUGCAUCGAUGAGAAGCUCGUGAUGCAGGGCAUCCUUCUCCGCGGACCGGCAGGAUCUGGCAAGAGCGCCCUUGUCAAGGUGUUUCUGUCCGAGUUUCUGGAACGAUUUACUUCCACCCCACAGGCUUUCGCUCGCCUGUAUCGCACGCGGGUCCUCAGCGUCAACCGACAGGACCUAGCGAGUUCCCCUAAGGAGUUGACGAGUCGUCUCCGACGGUUCGUCUCUGCUAAGAAGGACCGCCUCUCGGAAAUCGUCCCUCGUUUCAUCGUGGUCGACGGGAUGGAAAGAAUUCUGCAGCGGGAGAACGUGGGUUUCGAGCUGUUGGCGGUGAAAGUCAUCUUCCGGACGUACUGGCCGGACCUCCAGCAGUGCAUCGCAGCGGCCAACAAGGUGUUCUGCGAGAAGGAGUUCUUGAGCGAGGAAAACGCUCUCAAGGUCAUCGCCCCUAACACGCUGGCGGCGCGAGAGGAGAUGUCUCACCAUGUGCAAGCAUCCGACUCCCUCGAGCCGCUCGCCGUGUGCCAGGCGUGCACCCUCCGCCCGCCAUGCCAGCAUAUUUCUGAACAGGAGCUGGCGAGCCGGGGCAUGCGGAGAAGGAUGGAGCUUCCCCAACGACGGGGGGCAAAGGGGUCGCUACAGGGAGGGAAGGGCGAUGGGGAAAAGGAUUUCGCGGACUGUCAGGACUUCGUAAAGCGAGGGGCGUGUCGUUCCUUCAACGAGCGGGGACGCUGCAGCAACCAUCACCCUCUGGAUGCGCACGUCGUAGAGGUCGCGGAACCGAGGUGCCCCCAGUGCACGAUACGUCUCCCGUGCGGCCACUGCGAUUACGACCAGUCGAGGAGGAGCCUCAACACUUUCUGCGAAGCCGCAGGGGCUAGGAUACAGCGAUCCCUUCGGCUGUCCCUAGCUUCGCCCCGCCGCGCGACCGCCUCUCUUUGCUACGACGUCCCGAUACAAUUCUGCCAAACACCAGCUUGCACGCGCAUGGUUUCGUACGUCCUUGGUCGCAACACAAACUCGCCACAGAAGCGCAUAGGUCGACUACACCGGCUACUGAAGACUGGCGGCGGUGGUGGGGACAACAAACAGCAGCCAGGAUCGACGACGAAGUCAACCGUCGAAGCGAGCGGUGAUGCCGGAGGGCACGAGGGGGGGCAGGGACGCACCAACAGAACCGCCGACAGCACCCCUGAUUCGCCCACCGUCGCUGCAAACAAGAAACCCAGCGCGACCAAGAGCACCAAGCAGCAGCAAUGGUCUACUUUCGAUAGCCGUGCCAGCAAGGCCAACAGCCGCGGCGUGGAGGCCGUGUUGGCGAAGCUUGGCGAGAUCGGCAGGGAUCUGGAGGCACAGCGAGCUUGGACCACAGACACAACAACCCCCGGUGGAGGCAUGCACGAGUUUCGGGCGUCGGUUUUCGACAAAAAGCUGGAAAGAUUGUUCCGGCGGUGCGAAGAGGCCCACGAGGAGGCGGACGCGGUGUCGGAGGCAUACUUGCUGCUGUUGGAAAACGUGCGGUAG